UUCCCAGGCAUGGAGACGUUGCUGGAGCAGCAAAGACGAUAUCAUGAAGAAAGAGAACGCCUAGAGGACGCUAUUGUUCAAGAGAAACUUUUGAAAAAGUCAUCUCAUCGUGAACAAAUCAAUUCGGAACAUAGAAUCAAAGCAUUGACUGAGCGUUCAAUGGAAUGUGCUCAUUCUUUGGCUAAUCUCUAUCAAGAUGAAGACGGGUUAAGGAAAGAAGAAAUCCAGUCUCUGUCAGGUCCUAAUGAAUUGGCAGAGUUUUAUGAGAGGUUAAGGCAUCUGAAAGACUUUCAUAGGCGAUAUCCAGGCGAGAUACAUGAACCAAUGCAGCUUGAAUUUAUGAGGCUUGCUCAAGCAAGAGAGAAUCCUGGUGAAGAAUAUCAGAACUUGGUUGAUUUCUCUGAUGAGGAAGGCUAUGGCAAGUACCUUGAUCUACAUGCUCUUCAUUCUGAAUUUAUUAACAUGAAAGGCAUGGAGAAAUUGGACUAUGUGACAUUUCUAGCUAAGUUUGAUCAACUUUUUGAUAUGCCAAAAGAGAAGAAGACGGCGGGAGAAUACAAGCGAUAUUUAGGCAAUCUUCUCACUUACCUUCACGAGUACACUUUGAAAGUAAAGCCAAUGAUGGAUCUAGACAAGGAACUGGCAGGAGUUAUGAGAGAAUUUGAAGAGAAAUGGGUUAAGGACAUGCUUCCUGGCUGGAAAAGAGAUACUGGCAGUGCUAUGACUCAUGCUGGAGCUCACUUGGAUCUUUCAGCAUUCUCGUCUGCAGAGGAAUUGGCCUCACUAGGGCUUAACCGAUUGAAGUCGGCACUGCAAGCAUUGGGUGUCAAGUGUGGAGGAACUCUUGAAGAACGAGCUCAGAGACUUUUCAGCACCAAAGGAAAAGACUUGAACAAGUUGGAUCCAUCACUAUUUAUUAAAGCUAAGGGUGGGAAAGGACACAGAAUUCCAAUGAGUGAAGAUGAGAGGAACAAAGAGAUAGCAGCUCUUGAAUGUCAAGUUUACUUUUUUGUUGAGUUGUUGGGGGAGCAACGCCAGGCAACAAGAGAGAAUGUAGAACGAAAACAAGCCAGAACAGCGGAUGAGUUAGAGGAAGAUGAAGAACCAGAUGAAGUUGUUAGCGACUCGGACUCUGAUGAAGGAGAGACUGUUCCAUAUAAUCCAAAGAACCUGCCUCUUGGCUGGGAUGGGAAACCCAUUCCUUACUGGCUAUACAAGUUACAUGGACUCAACAUUUACUAUGAGUGUGAGAUUUGUGGUGGAUACAAGUACAGGGGUCCAAAAGCUUUUCAAAGGCACUUCUCAGAAUGGCGUCAUGCUCAUGGAAUGAGAUGUCUGGGAAUACCCAACACUGCUCAUUUUGCUAAUGUGACGUCAAUCAAUGAAGCACAGCAGUUGUGGGGAGCCUUGAAGAACAAUAAGGAGAAAGAGAGAUGGCAAGCAGAAAGAGAAGAAGAAUUUGAAGAUUCUUUGGGGAAUGUUAUCACGAAAAAGAUCUACGACGAUCUUAGACGACAGGGCUUACUCUAACUUCGUUUGUUCUCUAUCGUAAACCUGACACCAGUAUAUUAUUCUCUAGCUAGCGUCUUGUUUUCUCUAGUGCACUGUACUUGUACCAAAACAACAUGUAUACAGCUGCUAAGAGGGCAGCUAUAGCAAUAAAAUACAGUACAACGUCUCUUA